AUGUCCGCUUUUGCAUUGGCCUCUCACUGCUCCAGCCAGAGAGAACCUCCGACUAACGUAACGCAGAACUCACCUGCUCCUAAUACACCCACCACGCAUGUCAACGUCUUCGAUGUUCCGGACGCUGUCGACGCACCUUCACCCGUCGUACCUGAACCGCUCUCGCCUGUUCAUCCACCCCCACCACCAGCCUUGACACCCCGCCCGCGGAGGGUCAGUCGACGGGGAUGA